AUGAGCAAGGGAGAGAGCAAUGAGUACGAUAUACUUUCAAGUGCAGAGAGGCGAUCAGGAGCGGAGGAAAGAUGGGUCUCAUUCCAGCCAUAUUUGCUCUCUAAAGGUUACCGUCUACGACCGAGGUACAGCCCAGAGUGGGUGCCCUCUUGGAAAACAUCCGGGUUGAGACCGGACUAUUGUGAAGAUAGCAUAGAUUCUAUGCCAUUGCGCGUUCUUGACGCAAUCCGAAUAAAAGACCAGAAUCAAGUUAUGAUAAAGAUGUUGAUUCCAAAACAGGGAGAAGGAGAGGACGAGCUUGCGAUAUUGAAACAUUUCGCCAGCCCUUCCCUCAAAGACGACACAGCCAACCAUGUGGUCCCGUGCUUGGACUCGUUCCCGAUAUCUGCUACGGAGCCGGGCCACUUCGUGAUCAUGCCACUACUGAGACAGUAUGAUGACCUGCCCUUCAAACGUCUUUCCGAGGUUCAUGAUUUUCUUCAACAAAUAUUUGAGGGACUGCUUUUCAUGCACAGGAACAGUGUUGCUCAUUGUGAUAUCAGUUCGGCCAACAUCAUGAUGGACUCUCGAAUCCUGUACGACGAACCAUUUCAUCCCGUCGAGCAAACUCUAUCCCUAGAUAUCCAACGGAUGGUGUACCCAAAAUACUCCCGACUCGAAAAACGCGUACGAUAUUAUUUUAUUGAUAUGGGCUUUGCAAGUUGGUUCCGUGAUCCGAGUGCACCACGAUUGGUCACCAGGAAACCGGCACGGAUUAUGUCUCCGGAGCAGACAGAGCGGAGCCCGUACGACCCUUUCUUAGUAGACAUAUAUCAGCUCGGAACAGUCAUCAAACAAGAUCUGAUACCACAAAUCAGUGUACUCGACUUUUUGAUCCCGCUGGCCGAGGCAAUGACACGUUCGGACCCAUCCACUCGUCCAACCCUCACCAAGGCCCAAGAUUCCAUGAAUACAGCAUUCCUUGGACUGAGUGGAACAAGGAGCCUGAAGUCUGCUACGUUCUUUGCUACCGAUUGUGAUGCGCCCGCUAUAGAUGCCAUGUGCUCGACGUUCCUAGUCAAUUUAAAGCGAGGUUGA